AUGGCCGAGAACACCGACAACCUCGUUGAAACUGCCCGUGACCAGGACGUCAACCCCUGGUCUGUGGCCGGUGGCCGCGACGAGGCCGGUAACGCCGUGGGGAUCGACUACGAGGCUCUUUCCAAGAAAUGGAACACCUCGCUCAUCGACCAGGCGCUCCUCGACCGCUUCGAGCGCGUGACCGGACACAAGCCGCACCGCUGGCUUCGGCGCGGCCUCUUCUUCAGCCACCGCGACUUCGACCGGAUCCUCACGAAGAAGGAAAAGGGCGAGCCCUUCUUCCUGUAUACCGGCCGCGGCCCGAGUUCAGGCAGUCUGCACCUGGGCCACACGAUCCCGCUUACAUUUACAAAGUGGCUGCAGGAUGUCUUUGACGUCCCGCUCGUGUUCAUGCUUACGGAUGACGAAAAGGCGCUGUUCAAGGAUAGUUUGACCUUUGAGGAGACGCUGCACUACGCCAUGGAGAAUGCAAAGGACAUCGUUGCGCUCGGGUUCGAUCUCAAGAAGACCUUCAUCUACAGUGACCUCAAAUACGUCAGCAACCACAUCCUCAUGAACGCGUGGGAGUUCUCGAAGCUCGUCACGUUCAACCAGGUGCGUGGGGCAUUUGGAUUCAACGAGAGUUCAAACAUUGGUCGGAUCUUCUUCCCCGCUGUGCAGUGUGUUGCGGCGUUUGCGACGUCGUACCCGGAGAUCUGGACGGAUGAGCCGCAGACGGAACGCAAGAAGUCGAUUGCCGAGAUUCAGUGCUUGAUUCCCAUGGGUAUCGAUCAGGACCCGUACUUCCGUCUGCUCCGUGAAAACGCGCACAAGAUGAAGAACCCCUCGCCGAAGCCGGCGCUCAUCCACUCGAAGUUCUUGACUGCCCUGCAAGGCGCCGGAGGCAAGAUGUCCUCUUCCGACCCGAACUCUGCCAUCUUCAUGUCCGACACGCCCAAGCAAAUCAAGACCAAAAUCAACAAAUACGCCUUCAGCGGCGGCCAAGUCAGCAUCGAGGACCACCGGCGCCUCGGCGGAAACCCCGACGUCGACGUCUCGUACAUCUACCUCACCUACUUCGAGGACGACGACGCCAAGCUCGACGAGAUCUACCGCAGCUACAAGAGCGGCGAGCUGCUGACCGGUGAGCUCAAGGCGCUGGCCAUCAAGAAGCUGCAGGACUAUGUUGCCGAGUUCCAGGAGCGGAGAAAGGAGGUUACGGAUGAGGUGCUGGAGAAGUAUAUGACGCCGAGGAGAUUGGAGUGGAAUGGGACGGCGCAGCCGAAGGUUAAAUAG